CUACUACUACUACUACUACUACUACUACUACUACUCCUAUCGCUCCUGCUACUGCAACAGGAAAGCCAUCUUCACCUCCACCAUCCUCCUUUACUACUUCUUCAUCCACUUCUGUACCCGCACCAUCGACACCUAGCCAUACUCAUUACCAACCGACCUCGAUUGCUGCUACUCAUACGAAUUCAACUACUUCUACUACUACGAAUGCACCUACUCCUCCACCUCCUCCACCUCCCUCGCAAAGACCUUCCUUAUCGUACUCAUCAUCUUCUUCUUAUAAUAGUCCGAGCAGCUCAACCAGUAGUAGCCGCCCUCCGCCUCCAUUGCAUCAUCAUUCUCACCAUUCGCACCAUCAUCAUCACCAUUCUUCUCGUCAUCACAGUGCUUACCCUCCACCACCGCCUCCCCCUUCUCUCCCUUCUCAUCCACCGCAUCAUUACACCAGUCAUUAUUCUCCCUCUGUAGCACCAAGACCAAGAAUCUCGUAUGCUCCGGAACACGAAAAAGAAAUGGAUCGUUACCAUGUCGACCAUUUAAAAUUAUGCGAGGAAGAAAACAAAAUCGUUUCCAUGACGCGAAAAAGCCGGUUUGAUCUGGCUUUGGCAAAUUGGGAGGCGGAAAAGUUGGAUCAUCAGUUGUCCUUGGUACAAAAACAAUGGGAAGAGAAUGGCAUGGAAGAGUGGGUAUCUUAGAUCCAUAGCUUACGUAACCUUCAUAAGUAUCUUGAAAAUAAAGCAAAGAUGUGUAUUUUUUUUCCAAAUCAAA